CCCCCAGGCCCCGGCGGCGCUGAAGAAGUCGGGGAAGCUGGAUUUCUGCAGCGCGCUCUCGGGCACGGCACCAGCCCCCGCAUGGCCUUCGGCCACCACCCGCUGCCCGUCCUGGCCGGCGUCCGCCCCGGCAGCCCGCGGGCCACGGCCUCGGCGCUGCACUUCCCGUCGGGGUCGCUGCUGCCGCAGUCGGGGCCGUACUUCGCGCACCCCACCAUCCGCUACCACCACGGCCAGGACUCGCUCAAGGACUUCGUGCAGUUCGUCUGCGCCGACGGCGCCGCGCAGGGCCCCCAGCCGUGCGGGGCGCAGGGUCGGACCGGGGGGGCUGCGGGGGCCCCCCUGGCCCGGCCCCUGCCCCUGCCCCCGCCGGAGCCCAAAGCCCCCAGCGCCCCCCAGGGCGGAGCGCCCGCGGCACCCCCCAAACUUGGAGGCACUGUGGGGGAGGGGAACCUGCCCCCACCCCCCGCCCCGCCCCGUCUGGUUGCCCGGGGCAACGAGACGUGA